AUGGCCGGAAGAGGAAAGUCAAUUAAGUCCGCCGCCGUAGCCAAGAAGUCGACAUCUCGUAGCAGCAAGGCUGGACUCCAGUUUCCGGUUGGUCGUAUCGCUCGUUUCCUCAAAACAGGAAAGUACGCUGACCGGAUCGGUGGCGGUGCUCCCGUGUAUCUCGCCGCCGUCAUGGAGUACCUUGCGGCUGAGGUACUGGAAUUGGCCGGAAAUGCUGCCAGAGACAACAAGAAGACUCGAGUUGUGCCACGUCACAUACAGUUAGCGGUGCGAAACGAUGAAGAAUUGAGUAGAUUGCUUGGAGCUGUUACGAUUGCAAAUGGCGGAGUGAUGCCCAACAUUCACGCUCAUUUGCUUCCUAAGAAGACUUCUGUUACAUCUUCUAAAGGGAAUCGAUCUACUGGCAGGAGUGGAAGCCAUUAUAAGCCAUUUAGUGGUGAAGAAUUUCAAGAUCCCUUGUGUACAUGCUCCUGCCUGCCCUAUUACCUUCUUCACUCACCAAGUCUAUAUGUCCAAAAUAUGUUGCUGAAGAAUUGA